AUGCCGUCACAAGUGGCGACAUGUCUGCGCCUUGCGCGGCAGUUCUCUGCUGAUCCCAGCAAGCACCAACGAUUCCUCGCACGUGCUUUCUCUAGCAGCAUUCGUCGACCUGAGAUCAACAAGGUGGUCUCUUCUGCAGACAUCGCAAUCAAGGAUAUGAAGUCGAACUCGACACUAUUGGCUGGUGGCUUUGGUCUCUCCGGUGUACCAGACACUCUGAUCAGCGCGGUGUGCGCGAAUCCCUCCAUCACGGGAUUGACAGUCGUCAGUAACAAUGCUGGAGUCGACGGAGCAGGUCUCGGUCUUCUUCUCCAGUCUAAGCAAAUUAAGAAGAUGAUUGCUAGCUACGUGGGCGAGAAUAAGACCUUCGAGCGCAUGUACCUGACCGGAGAGAUCGAGCUCGAGUUGACUCCUCAGGGUACCUUGGCGGAACGUUGUCGUGCCGGUGGUGCGGGCAUCCCGGCUUUCUACACUCCUGCCGCCUGUGGUACCGUUGUGCAGACGGGCGAGUUGCCUCUGAAGCAUAAUUCCGACGGAACUGUCGCGCUUUACAGUGAGCCUAGGGAUGUCAAGGUCUUCGAUAAGAAGAGUUACGUCAUGGAGGAAGCGAUCAAGGGUGACUAUGCGUUUGUGAAGGCCUGGAAGGCUGAUAAGCUGGGUAACUGCCAGUUCCGCUAUGCUGCGGCUAACUUCAAUGGUGCCAUGGGCCGCAAUGCGAAGAUGACCAUCGUCGAGGCGGAGCAUAUUGUUGAACCGGGUGAGAUUGAGCCCGCUGCUAUUCAUCUGCCGGGCAUCUAUGUCAAGCGGGUGAUUCAGAGCACAGCCCCCAAGAACAUUGAGAAGUAUACCUUUGCGAAGGAAGAGGGUGAGGAGGCGGCUGCCCUGGGUAAGGGUGAUACUGCUGCUAAGCGCGAACGCAUCGUUCGUCGUGCAGCGAAGGAGUUCAAGAACGGGAUGUAUGCGAACUUGGGUAUUGGCAUGCCCAUGCUGGCGCCUAACUUUGUCGAUCCCUCUGUAGAGGUCAUGCUGCAGUCCGAGAACGGCAUCCUGGGUCUGGGUCCGUACCCUCAAAAGGGACAGGAGGAUGCUGAUCUCAUCAACGCUGGCAAGGAGACAGUCACGCUGCUGCCUGGAGCUGCUUGCUUCGGGAGCGAGGAGUCCUUCGGUAUGAUCCGUUCGGGACGGAUCGAUCUGACUAUUUUGGGUGCUAUGCAAGUCAGUGCCCGAGGUGAUUUGGCAAACUGGAUGCUGCCUGGCAAGAUCAAGGGCUUCGGUGGAGCUAUGGACCUCGUAUCGAACCCCUCCGCCACCAAAGUGGUGGUGACCAUGGAGCACACGGAUAAGAAGGGCGGUCCGAAGAUCGUGAAGCAGUGCGAAUUCCCCUUGACCGGAAAGACGUGCGUCAGCCGGAUCAUCACUGAGCUCUGCGUGUUCGACGUCGACUUUACGGAUGGACUGACGCUGGUUGAGCUGGCCGAUGGAGUCACCGUGGAUGAGGUGCGGAGCAAGACGGAGGCACCAUUCAAGGUGGCUGAUGAUGUCAAGCCGAUGCUGUAA